AUGAACACAGUACCAAAAGAGGCGGUUCCGCAGGAGUGGCUCGUCGAGAAUCAGGUCGUUGAUCCAGAAAUGGCAACCUCAUACCUGACGGAGUCACUGGCAGGACCAACAAGUGCACGAGGAUCAUCAUACUCAUACUCCUACGAAUCACACUACGAUAACCCACCGGAGGAGGAAUACGAACACUUUACGAAUGAUGAUGGCGUACAUCAGAUGCAGAAAGUCACCCGAGUCACAAAAGUCACAACAACCCGAUCCGUCCGUCAAGUUCCCGUGCAAUCCCCCUACUCGAACAUCGACUUCGAUUCCUCUGGACUUCCCACUCCAUCUCCAGUUAUUGAUAGAGAUCCGAGUUUAGAAAUGAUGGCUAGAAUGGGAAAUGGAACAUCCGGAGGACAUGAUUCAGAGGAUCGAGCAGCUCCACCACCGGCACCUCAUGGCAGGUUUUUGCAUGAAGACAGCGGAAUCCCAUCAGCUCCUGGUGUCCCGGAUGUCGUCGACGCUGGUAUCGGAGAGGUUACUGUAGUUUGGAGUGCACCACUUCAAAAGAAUGGAGGAGAGAUUCGAGGAUAUCAACUUCAGAUGAGAGAGUUACCAGAUGGAGAAUGGGAAGAUAUGGGUGUGGAUCAAUUGAUUAAGGACACCAGUUGUAGAGUAACAAAUCUGACAUCACACGAAGUGCAAUUCCGAGUAUCGGCCUACGGAAGAACCGGCUUCGGACCCACAUCCAAUCCGUCACUACCCGUCAAAAUUCCGAUCAGUGAGAACGAUUUGGCCACGUCUGCCGGCGCGCCACUGGCUCCUGGCAGACCAUCGGUCAUCGCCGUCGACGGACAAGGUGUCCUUCUCGAGUGGACCGCUCCAGUCGCCGACGUUCACUCCUCCCCUCCCCAAGGAUACCAAGUCGAGUACCGUGUCUACGGAAGUCGUGAUUGGAUGAUAGCCAACGAGCAACUCGUCCAAGACACAAUGUUCACCGUCGAAUCCCUUCGUCCCAACGGAGUUUACGAGUUUCGAGUGCGCGGGAAGAAUCAGGAUGGGCUAGGACACCCGAGUCUAUCCUCCGGAGGUGUCGCUAUCCGUCCAGCAGCGCCGCAGAGAAAUGUGCCAACUAGAAAAGUGUCGGAGAGUGUGAACCCACCGGGACAGCCAUCAAUGGUGGAGGCUGGAGAUGAUUGGGUGAAGUUGGAAUGGGCGCCAAGUGCAGAGAAUGCGGGGUAUAUUGUGGAGUACAGAGAGGUCGGAGACCCAACAUGGCAUACCGCCAACUAUGACCCAAUUGUGCAGAAUGGGAUACAAGUGGAAGGACUGCGUCGCAACUCGACCUACGAAUUCUGUGUGAUCUCCGUCAUCGACGCGGUCUCCUCACACCCAUCGGAAACUUCCGACGUCAUUAAUCUCCGCCCGCAGGGUCGCGCAUCCUCCCUUCGCGUCGUUCCAGAAAUGACCGAAGCUCCAGAAUUCUUGGACAUCGAUGGAGACAAGAUUACGAUUUGUUGGUUGCCUGCUCACAGUCAGCUACCGGUUAUGGGGUAUGACGUGGAAUUCCGAGACCUACAACAAGACGAUCGCUGGUACAAAGUGAAUGAUCAACCGGUGUUCGCGUGUAAAAUGACAGUGGGUGACCUAAUUCUGGAUCACGAUUACCAGUUCCGAGUGUUGGCUCACAAUGCGUCCGGAUGCUCCCAACCGAGUCCACCGUCACAGUUUGUGCACAUUGAGCCGUCCACAAACCGCCUCUCCUCCCACACCUUGGACUCGCCGAAUCUUGGACACAACGAUAUUGUUAAGUACGUGGAGGCUAACCGUUUCGGUGCAGUACCGUUGCUUCAAGAGGAAAUGGUUCGAGAGUCGCCACCACUUCCGGAACGAGAUGAUUCACCGCCGCCGUUGAGACGGGCGAAUAAUAAUGUCCAAUGGCGCGAUCCAUCUCUCAAAGAAGUCAUCGAGUACCUCUCCUCCCAAGACAAGGACAAACAACUAAAUGCAUCCGGUUACCUUCAACAUCUCACCUACAGUGACAACCUCAUCAAAGAAGAGACUCGAGAACUCGGUGGGAUCCCGAAACUUAUUGCUCUCCUCCGAUCAGACACCCCGAGAAUCCAGAAGAAUGCCUGUGCCUGCUUGAAGAAUCUCAGCUACGGAAAGGAGAAUGAUGCGAACAAGUUGGCAGUGAUGGAAGGGGAUGGUGUACGUCUUCUGGCUGAAGUCUUGAGAACAACUCAUGAUGCAUCGGUCAAGGAGGAGGCAACAGCAGCUCUUUGGAACCUGAGCUCGGCGGAUAUGUUGAAACCAGUCAUCCUUGAAUCCGCUACGGAGAUACUAAGCCAACAGGUUAUCGCUCCAAUCUUCACUCAAAACGGGUCAGGGACCGCUGUCGACCCAUCCCGCCACUUUGGAUCCACCCUAUUCAAAAAUUCUACUGGAAUCCUUCGAAAUGUGUCAGCAGCAUCGCAAACCGCUAGACGACGCCUUCGAGAUGUGCCGAAUCUCAUCGAAGCUCUGGUUCAUUUCCUGACUCAUUCCAUACAAAGGACUCAGGUGGAUACACCGACGGUGGAGAAUGCGGUGUGCUUGCUGAGGAAUUUAAGUUAUAGAAUUCAAGAAGUGGUUGACCCGAACUAUGAUCCAGCAGCCGCCCAUAUCAACUCGAAGAAUAUGAAACAUGCGGCAUCACCAAAGCCUAAAAAGAAGGAAAAAGAAAAGAAAAAGGAUAAGGACUCCAAAAAAAACCCGAAGAACAUCGCAACGGGACCAUCCGUACUCUGGCAGCCACAUGUCGUAAAACUCUACCUGAAACUUCUCCAAGAUAGCUCUAAUAUUGAGACACUUGAAGCGUCGGCUGGUGCUAUCCAAAACUUGGCCGCGUGCCAAUUCCCACCAUCUGCCGAGGUUCGUGCGGCGGUUCGUGUUGAGAAGGGCCUUCCGGUACUGGUAGAGUUGAUCAGACUUCCCGAAGACUUUGUGGUGUGCGCAGUGGCGACGGCGUUGAGGAAUUUGGCGAUUGAUCCAAGGAAUCGAGAGCUUAUUGGAAAAUACGCUCUCCGUGAAUUCCUCGACAAGCUUCCGGAGGCUGGCUCCCCACGUCGCAGCAACGUGUCCGAUCAGACCAUCGGAGCAGUCUUGGGAAUUCUAUUCGAGAUUGUCAGGAGCUCGGCGGCCUACACGAAAGAUGUUCAUGAGUUGAAAGGCACCGACAAACUGCGAGCACUCUCCCGCUCGUAUCCAACAUAUUCUCAUCGAGUGUGCAAGUAUGCCAGUCAGGUACUGUAUGUGAUGUGGCAGCACAAGGAGCUUCACGAUGGAUUCAAGAGGAGUGGACUCAAGGAGGCGGACUUCUAUUCGGGAACUGCAAGGAGAGGCGACUCGUCUACCCUUGCGCGUCCCAUCUCCUCGCAAGGCCGUGAACGUCCAUCAAUGCACAAUCUCGACGAGACCCUUUCAUCUGGCGGUGGCUACGGUACCAUGGAUCAUCGUCACCCGCCAAACUCGAACCGCCCAGCCAGUGCCACGUCACAAACCAUCCAACGAAGAUACGACCAGGUGCCGAGUGGACCCGUCUACGCAUCUGUAAACAAGCAAUCGCCACGUGGCAAUGUGGAUGAUAGCUGGGUAUAG